GCAGCUGAUCAGUAGGCAGUGUUCUUGUUUUAUCAGUUUUUACAGCAACUCUUUCUCUGUCUCUCCACGAUGUGCGAUUGUACUGAGGAUUUUGAUAAAGUGCGCAGUUUGUGGGCUCCGAUGAAAGCUAAUCCUAAGUACUAUGGGGAGCUAAUUCUUCAGCGCUUGUUUGAUACCAAUCCAGAUGUUCAGAAGCUGUUCCCUAAGUUUGCUGACCUUUCCAAAGAGCAGCUGCAGAACAAUCCUGACCUCCAGGCCCAUGGGGAAAUUGUUGUCUGCAAGCUGACAGAAUAUGUGGAAAAAGGAGAAGAGUCACUUGUGAAGAAGCUGGGAGAAAGUCAUGCCAAGCAGCACAAGAUCCCUCGGGCCAACUUUCAGAUAAUCAGUGAUGUGAUUGUUCUGGUGGCAGCAGAGAAGAUUGAUGGCUUUGGCACUGAUGUUCAAACAGCCCUGAAGAAUGUGAUGAAGGCGUUUCAAACUGGCAUGGGAGCUUGCUAUGAUGAGCUAGGAUUUGAUCGAUGAUUGUAUUUUGUGUACACUGUCUUGAUAGGAUGGUGUUUGAGCUUCUGAAUGAAUAAAACCACUUAAAGUGAA